AUGGACAGCCCCAAAUACUAUUGUGUUAUGCUGGACCAUGAGACGGAUGUUGAGCAGUUAGGAUUCAUGUCCUUGAUCAAACAUCCUGCCAACCCCCAGGCAGACAACUACUGGAUUCAGGCCAAGCAUGGUGAAGUCAUCAUUCCAGAAGGCACCACUUUUCCAGUACGCCAUGGCUACAGUUUUGAACUCACGGCCUUCAGAAGGGAGGACCCAUGGGAGGAAGGGACAUCGCUGAUCCAGAUGCAGUUUACCAAGAUCCGCAAAUCGAUCGUUGGCAUUCACCGUGACUUGCAGGCACAACGGCCUAUCCAAGAAAACAUUGCCAGCGUACCCAGUCACCUGGAUGCCACAAGUCGAGCUCCACUGGCCACCCAGCCAAACAAAACGCCGGUGCUGCUCAAUUUGGAGGCCGUGAUUCCAGAUGAACGCACGCAUGCCGACUCACAGUUAGACGACACCCUGCCACAGAUGCUUUGGUUUUCCGAUGAAGCCUGGAUGCUACGCAUGCAACGGUGCCCGCCUUGCCAAUUGCGACCUCUACCAGACGGUCUGCGAAUGCCAGACGUGUGCUACUGGCCCCUGAUACACCCAGUGCCACCAGACUCAGACUCCACGAGCCCCCUCACCCUGUACCUGGAUGGCUCCGCAAACGGCACCCAUGCAGCUUGGAGCGUCAUUGCCACGCUCCAAGUCACCCAAAUGGACCAAGUGACUGAGGCAUUCAUUGGUUGUCUCUAUGGAGUUGUACACAUUGCACCCGAACAUCCUGCAUGGGCGGGAGCUCAAUCUAUGGAUAACAUUGCUGCAGAGUUAUCCGCACUUGCAUUUGCGCAGCAAGUGGCCAUCAGAUGGCCCCACAACCACAGCAUUUGUAUCCGCCCUGAUCUCUCGCUGAGCCGGCUUGUAGCCACUGCGACAACAGUAUGCAAAUCCAACACACUGCUAUCCCAGAUAUGCCGUGCUCAAGGUUACUGGUUGGCGCCAACCACCCACAUCAAGGAAAUCAGGGGCCACAAGGGAUUUGCAUGGAACGAACUGGCUGACGCAGUUGCCAAAUGGACUCUACACAAUGCUCCCGAAGAAGCACUGGAUGAGUUUGCAGCUCUGCACGAUUUCGCCACCCACCAGCAUGAUGUUGCGUGGACUUGGAUGCAAACCACCCAUGAGUCAGUGGCCGCCUGUUACCCCCCCCUAAUUGAACAGCAGAUCCUGCAAAUCACGCAGUCAGACUUGAAGCUUGGCGUCAAGCCCAUUGAGCACUGUGAGGACGCUGAUCCUGGAACCCUUGCCAUGCCUUGGACGAUGAAGGCUACCUCUGCCAACGUCCUUGCCGUUGACAUCCGCAGUGUCAAAGGCACGCCUUCCAGACGAAACAGUCACCGUACUAUACGGCUUGACCAGCACUGGCACAAACUCCAAACCCAUGUUAUUGGAGUGCAAGAAGCACGCACCCCAUCAGGCCAAUAUCAGUCCAUGCACUACAAAAUAUUGGCAUCCGGAGCCACCGCCACCAAAACGCCGCUAUAUGGCUGUGAAUUGUGGCUCCAUCGUACGCUCCCCCUUGCCAAAACCACCGAUGGCACCUCAUUGACCCUGGGCGAAGCCAAGCUUGUGGUGCACUAUGCCGAUCCAAGACGACUCAUUGUGAAAGCCCAGAUCGAAGCCAUAUGUUGCACUUUCAUCGUUUUACAUGCUCCAUGCCAGACGAACCCAACCCCAGGGCAGCCUACGCCUGGUGAGAGAGCCCAGGCCUGGUGGGAUGAAAGCAGCAGAAUCCUCACCAAAUGUGGUACCCAAGGACUUUGCUGGCUGUUUGUAGAUGCCAAUGCCCCACUUGCUGACACAGCCACUGACCUCAUCGGCCCCCUCGGCGCAGAGCCCACCAAUGCUGCCGGGGAAGCCUUGACGGAAUUUCUCCAGGCCCACAGGCUUGCGGCCCCGUGCACGUUCGACCAGUACCACGUCGGUCAGACGCAGACAUGGACACAUGCAACCGGGAAACGAAGCCGCAAAGACUAUAUCUUUAUCCCGGAACACAUGCUGCCGUGUGUAACAUCCAGUCAUGUUGAUGUAUCACAUGACACAACGUUUGCGCACGAGGACCACAUCCCUGUUACCCUUAUCUGCAGUGGAUGGCACACCCCAGCGCAUCCACCUCCACGGUACACCUGGGAUGAAGAGAAACUCCUGGAUCCAGCCUGUUGUGAUGCAUUUCAAGCUGCACUGCUUACCCUCCCCAUUCCAAAAUGGAGGGUGGCCGUUGAUGAUCACGCGGCCAUUUUUGAAAAGCAGGUCUUGGAUCUUAGCCAACAAUUCUUUGCCAAACGCUCGGCUAAGGAACGCAAAAUCUCCCUAGAAGAGGACACCCAUGCCCUCAUUGCCUUCAAGCGCCAAGCGCUUGAUUAUGGUCGCAAGAAUGGGGUCAUCCAUGACCAAUGCUUCCGAGCCGAACUUAAACAGGUUGAGAAGGACGUUGCCAAGCUUGUGCGCAGGGAUACCCAAAAGCACUAUGACCAGGUACUUGCGAAGCUUGAUGCAGCUGGUGAGAUGUCCAAUCACCGACUGGUGUACAGGAUGCUCCACAGAUUAGGCCGCAAGAAAGGUGGAACACCCCCUGGCCCAAGACCGCUCCCAAUGCUGCGCAAGUCCGAUGGAACCCAUGCCCAAAGUUACAAUGAACAGCAGAUGAUGUGGAUGGAACAAUUCUGUGCCAUCGAAGCAGGCCUGCCAAUCACCUGGAAUGAGCUCUUGCGCAGAAACGAAGCAGCCAAGGAGACCAUGCCAGCCCAUCAGUUCGAACCAGCCGUAUUCCCCACUGCAUGGGACAUCCAAGCGGGGAUAGCCUCGCUCAAGCGGGACAAAGUCCCAGGACCCAAUAACCUGCCUCCAGCUGUCAUGAAGGCAGGCGGGGAAACCAUGGCACGGCGCUGUCAUGAAGGCAGGCGGGGAAACCAUGGCACGGCGUUUCUGGCUGCCAUGGCGAAACUUGGUCUCCCCAUCGACCAAGUCCUUGCUAUGGCCUCUUCUGCGGAAAAAGAAGUUGCUACAGAAGGGUUGUCCAACCAUCUGCAGAGGGUAUUGCAUGAUAUGCUCACGAACACGCACUUCACAAUCCAAGGGCUCCAGGACCCAUGCCUUACCACACGUGGUACAAGACCAGGGGACCCGGUGGCGGAUGUUUUAUUCAAUCUGUGUAUGUCCAAACUGCUGACGGAUUUCCAUGCCAUGAUGGCAGCCACGGACACCCUUCCCUGGCUAGGCCAUGCCGACUGGGUAGCCGAUUUCACUGAAGCAGAGCCCCUUCCAAGCGUGAAAGCACAUGAAUGGGACAAAUGGGCGAACCAGCUCCGUGGUCCCAUAGCGCUGCUCAUGAAAGGAGUCCUCGCCACUGCCAGAAAGUUCAACCACACCACUGACCACCUAUUUGCAUGGUGUGGCAUAUUGCCGCUGGCCCAGCAAGUGCAUGCACACAGACUGAGGUUUGCUCAAAGGCUCUUCCAGCGAUGCCCGCCCAUCACAUGGCGCCUCAUGCAGGCUGAUGAUACUAUCGGCUCAUGGCCACAGCUCUUGAGCGACUCAUUUCAAUGGAUGCGGCGCCACUACGACAAGCCUCAAAUUUUGCCAUCCACAAACGACCUUCAUGCCUGGAUUGCUCAUGUCCAGUUGGACCCCUACUGGAAAGGCCGUGUCAAGAAAACAGCGCGACUGGCCUUUCACUACAAUGCAGCCCAGGCUGAGCACAUGGUAUGGCAACAUAACUUUGAGGCCACGUUGGAAGCAGCGGGUGCAACCUUGCCGACAAACCCCACCAUCACCCCUGGCCCGGAGAGGUGGAUGUGUGACCUUUGCAACAAGGUCUUCCAGUCUACCCGGGCGCUUGCAAUGCAUGCCAGCCGCGAGCACGGCUACAGGAAGAAAGUACGUUACUUCGCAGUAGGUGACACAUGUCCUGCUUGCUGCCAGCUGUUCCACACAAGAAACCGACUGGCAAUCCACCUGGAGAAGAACACCAAGUGCUAUGAUGUGGUGCAAGCAUGUUGGCCACCGAUGCCGCAGGCCCAAGUUGACCUCUUGGAUGCCGAGGACAAGCAGACUGAGUCCCAGUUACGCCGAGCUGGAUGGUGGGCAUCCAAAGCCUUUGAUCCCGCAGUUCAGACCGCAGGACCACGGCUACCACCGCUUCAUGACCCGGCCUGUGAGAUCCUCUACAACAAAACGCUCUGCAGACGUCCCCCUGAUGAGGUAGCUUACCAUAACCUGCAAGGGCACCGUGUUGAAGCUGACCCCACCAAACAUCAAGGCCUGUGGUGGCACAACAGUGACCUUCCAUCCUUCAUUCUCCAAUCACCUCAAGGAGUCGAUAGUGGAUGA